UUGUUGCCAUGAAAAAAGCAAAUAAUUUAAUUAAUAAAGAGGAAAAAACGACAGAAGCCAAAAGGAGAGAAGCACAAAGAAUUUUAGCCUCAAUUAAUCGGCUUGCCUCAAUAAUGGAAGAAAGAAAAAAAUUUACUUGUAGCAAGUGUGGACAAGACAAAAAAAUCAUUUUGGCAGCCUUGGAUAAAAGUUGGAGAGAAAUUUGUUUGUGCUGGGAUUGUGGCACCCCCAAG